AUGUCAGUCCGACCAGAUGUAACACCAACGGACGUUGUCCGUCUGGUGUAUGAAGUAUACGGGUUGACCGUGAAUGACUUGAAGGAAUUCCCUGCCUUCGAGGACAGAAAUUUCUUUGUCAGGUGUGAACUGUCCGAGCGGGAUUCUCGACAUAAGACUUCAGAGUGUUAUGUAGUCAAAAUUUCCAAAUCGAGAGAAAAACAAGACGAUUCUAAAUUAGAACACCAGAGACACAUUAUGAAUUUUCUGUCUAGUGAAUACUUUGUCUGUCCCACAUUUGUGAAGACAAAAUCAGGUAGUUGGUUCUACUGGUAUGACCAAUGUAAUGACCCAAUGUGCAUGUGGAUGCUGACCUACGUACCUGGUGACCCACUCAUGAACCACUGGGACAGACUGUCGGCACGUGAUAUACUGGUGUCACUAGGGGAAUUCGUUGCACAAUUACACUUAACAUUCCAGAGGCUGACACAAUCUAAUAAUGUUCGGGUAGAUGUCGACUCAUUGGAUCCAUGGAGGAUCGACAACUUUCUCCGAGUUAAAGACCUCCUGCACGAAAUACAAGACGUGAAAAAGAUUGGAGUAACAUCGGCGAUAUUACGUCGUUUUGAGGAGGAGGUAUUAUGUGUAGUAGACAAUCUGUCUUCAGGAAUAAUACACGGAGACAUACACGAUAUGAAUAUCAUUAUCAAUGAAGACGAGGGAAAACUACGUCCAAUAUAUCAGUCAAAUCAAGAGUUAACUUCUUACUCUGUUAAGUCCAAGUUUGGAGUAAUUGACUUUGGAGACGUCAGCUUUUCCAGAUACGUGUUUGAGGUAUCCAUGGUAAUAAGAGAUGCCAUUACGGACGUGAAGUCGAUGGGCCCCGUUGAAAUUGCCGGUCACGUUCUUGGAGGAUACCUGAAACACAGGUCGCUCAACAGGACCGAGUUUGAUGUUCUCUAUGUGUGCAUUCAAGUUGCACUUUGUCAGUAUAUAAUUCUUGGGGAAUACGAAUUCAAGCUUCAACCUGAUAACGAGUACACAAAACUUGGUUCUGAAGAUGCUUGGAAACAACUGCAGGCUCUUCAAGAGAUGGACAAGUCACAAGUGUUGCAGACAUGGUCAGUUUUAUUAUCCUCUACUUACAAUCUAACGAUAUAA